GCCUUACCAGCCUGGUCCCCACGUCGUACUUGGUUUACUUCUAUAAACUGGCCAUCGAUCCAGUUUAAAAGACACGCUGUUUCGCCGAAGUUAAACUUUAUGGGCUUGUCCCCGUAAUAGCCUAGCCGCUUGCGACUGUUUAUUAUGUAGUUAUUUCAACGUGGCAACGUAAAGAAAAAUGUUCAAAACGUUCCCCGUUGAGGAUACACGUCAUCGUACUAUUAAGCGUCGACGCUUCGAGGGGGCCAAGAACAGAAGAAGAAGAAGCCGCGGAAGUGGACGCGUUAAGGAGAAUUAGCUGUACUAUAGCUAGCUUAACCGUACAACGUUUGAAAACUGCAUCUCGGAGGAAAAUGGAUUCAGCGGCGCUUGAAAUCGACGGAAGUGUGAUGGAAGGCGGCGGCCAGAUUUUAAGAGUCUCUGCCGCGCUGAGUUGUAUCACUGGUACAUCAAUCAAAAUCUUCAAAAUCCGGGCCGGCAGAAGCACACCUGGAUUGAGACCACAGCAUUUAUCAGGACUGGAGCUGGUAAGAGACAUCUGCACUGGAAGUCUAGAGGGAGGUACCAUCGGCUCAACAGAGAUCUCUCUGUCUCCUGGGAAAAUCAAGUCUGGGAGCCACUUAGCAGACACUCACACAGCAGGGAGUGUGGGACUACUGCUACAGGUGGCUCUACCCUGCGCCCUGUAUGCUGAUGCCUCUUCAGAACUCUGCCUGAAAGGAGGCACUAACGCAGAGAUGGCUCCGCACAUAGACUACACUGUAAAGGUAUUCAAGCCCAUUUUGGAGAAAUUUGGAGUCCAUUUUGAUUGUGACAUUAGAAUGAGGGGCUACUACCCUAAAGGUGGUGGUGAGGUGCUUGCAACAGUGAACCCAGUCAAAGAGCUGAGUCCAGUUACUAUGACAGAGAGAGGCAACAUCGCCAAGAUCUAUGGCAGAGCCUUUGUCGCAGGAGUACUACCCUUCAAGCUGGCCAAGGACAUGUCUGCAGCAGCAGUGAGGACCAUCAGGAAGGAGAUCAAAGAACUUUACAUUAAUAUCCAGCCUCUCCAGGAGAAAGACAAGGCUUGUGGCAAUGGGAAUGGCAUCAUAAUCAUUGCUGAGUCUUCCACAGGCUGUCUUUUUGCAGGGUCAGCUCUGGGAAAGAAAGGUGUGUAUGCAGAUAAGGUUGGUAUCGAGGCAGCUGAGAUGUUGCUGAGGAAUAUCAGGCAUAAUGGCUGUGUGGAUGAGUUUCUUCAAGACCAGCUCAUCAUCUUCAUGGCCUUGGCUAAGGGAACCUCUAGGAUUCGAACUGGCGCCGUGACCUUGCACACACAGACAGCCAUUCAUGUAGCAGAGCAGCUCACUAAGGCAAAGUUUACAAUAACGAAGUCAGAGGACGAGCUGAGCAGUAACGUCAACUACAUCAUUGAAUGUCACGGGUCAGGAAUCACCAACUCUUACCUGUAACCACCAGCACACCUUCACACUACUGGAUGAGUAGAUGCUCGUACUGGCUGCUAUCUCACACCCCGUGUUGUCGUCGUCACCCAUUUAGCUUCUGUCUCUCAGGGCAUUUCCUUUAAUACUGUAAUAAAGUAUUUCAUGUUGAUCCUCUGAUGUAGUGGUGCUGUUCCUCUGUGUG